GAUUUUGAUGUGGUUUCCACUUCGCAUCUUUUGGCUGAAUAGACCCAGGGUUCAGGCCGGCGCUCAAGCGGAUUGUGCCGCGCACGCAAUUGCGGGCUCGGGGUGAAAAAAGACUGCUAUUUGUAGAACCACGUUUUCAUACCUUCCUACUGGUAUCCCCAUACGACAACUUGGGGACCCUGGGUUUCAAUCAAUGCAGUGUGAUGUUCGGCAGGAAGCAUCCUGACUGUCAUGAUGAUCCAGCUCAUCGCACCAGUUUCGAUUUGCUAUUCGCAUGUAAAGAGGCUGGAUUGGCAGAGCACGCACUUUGGGCUGGGCCAUGAGUCUGGCAUUGAGUUUUGGCUUGGUCGGUGCCUUGCAGCGCUUUUCCUCUUCGGCUUUGCCGGCUUCUUACGAGUCCACCUUGGUGAGGAGAUCCAUGCUGAUCGCAAGAUGCGGCUGCUGAUCAUGAAGGAUGUGAGGCUCGGUCAGCUGAUGGGACGAGCUCAUCACUGGAUGACCGUUGGAAGAAUCAUGAACUUCAGCGUCAGCUUUUUCUGCCUCAUCGCGAUGUGGUUGGUAUUCCACGUAUCAAGUGAGCCUAAGGAUGUUGUCUAUGAUUCUAUGGGUUUGGCCUUCAUCAUCAAGCUGGACAAUGUGGCCGGCGACAUGGGUGUCAUCGGGCCAGCUCAAUGGGACGAAGACGUCCUGGGGAUCUACUGGACUUUGGUGAUGGGCUCUGCAGCUUCAGAGAAGCACGAGAAAGAGGAGAGAACCGAAGCCCAUGAGGUGAGCGCCACAAUCCGCAAUUUGCUCAUGAAAAAGGCAGUCAGGAUCUACAACCAAAAGAUGAAGCACGAGAAGUCGGAGGAAGCUUCUGGCACCCGGAGGCACAAAGAAGCUCGACUUCCAGACCGCAAUUGGGAUGACAUGACUUGGUUUGUCCCUGAUCCAGAAGAAGGCCAGGUGAAUUUCAACGAAGUGUUCCAUCAUCCUGCAGUCCAAGAAUAUGUGCAAAGCGAGGAUUUUGUGAACUAUAUCUAUUCAAAACUUGGGAAGGAGCGGGCUAUAGCAGACCAGCUCGGCUUGGCUUUCAUCAGAAUCUUCCAGUACAUCGGUCCAAUCACCUUCUUUUUCAUACAGAUUGCUAGGAAAGCUUAAGUUUCACACUGCAAGAAUGCGAACAAGCAUCGGG